UAAAAAUUUUCCAUAUUAGUAAUGUAUUAAAGACAGAGUAGCUCUGUUGAAGUGAAAACUAUAGCAAGAAAUUUCUAAAAAAACAGUUAAUUUUUCUCAUCCAACAUAAAUGGAAUAUUAACAGUUUUACUGAAUGUUAUUUUAUUUUUACUUUUUUAAAGGGACUCUAAAAGUUUAAGGUGUUAUAUACUACACGUAAAUAUUCGUGUAGUAUACUACAUGAAUUCGAUUGCAUACUACAUGUUCAGAUUGCUGGGUAAGGAUGUUAAAAAUGAAAUUGGUUUUGGUCACCAUUGCUAGUGGAUGUAAAGAAAUGACUGUGGUAGCAAGUUAGAAUGCCAUGAUAUGGAGCCAUUUACUCUGCCAUUCAUUUUUCACUUUUCAAAAGGAAUGAUGUUUCUAUAUCAUUUGUUAAAUUUUCUAACAUGCUCAUGGAGGAACGCUCUUGAAUGCUCAUUUGAGGAGCAUACAGUGUUGUCUUUGUCAGUAUUUGGGGUUUUAUCUUUUUCUGAUUGAUGGAAUUGCAGCAGGAUGAAUACCUAGGCCAUUAAUAUAUAUGAUGAGCAAAUGUGUUGAAAAUUACAGUUUUUACAGGAAUAGGCAGUUAUGCUUUUACAGCUUAGGACAGGAGAUUAUUUGAUUUAGAACUGUGGUGAUGAAAUUUUCAUGGAGUGUUAGGGCCAGGGCUUUUGCUCGUGGUUUGGAAAAGAUGUUAGUAAGCACCAAAGGGUGAUGGCAUUGUCCCGCGGACAAAUAAUAAUAAUGCAACAUUUCUAGAGUUUGUUUUUUUAACAUUAAAAAUAAAUCUAAAAUGGCAAUAAUGGAAAUAAUGUAUAGAUCAGUAGACAAACCACUUGGAAAUUUUACCUUUUAGCUUAUGUAUAUCUUUUGGUCAUUGUCCAUCUUUAAGCUUUUAUUUCCACAUCUUUUCCUUUUUUUUCCUUAUAGUUUCUGGGUUUAUUUAUUUAUUUAUUAUUAUUAUUUAAGACGGAGUUUUGUUCUUGUUGCCCAGGCUGGAGUGCGAUGGUGCAAUCUCGGCUCACUGCAACCUCCACCUCCCGGGUUCAAGCAAUUCUCCUGCCUCAGCCUCCUGAGUAGCUGGGAUUACAGGCAUGCACCACCAUGCCCGGCUAAUUUUGUAUUUUUAGUAGAGACGGGGUUUCCCCAUGUUGGUCAGGCUGGUCUCGAACUCCUGACCUCAGGUGAUCCGCCUGCUUUGGCCUCCCAAAGUGCUAGGAUUACAGGUGUGAGCCACUGCGCCUGGCCUAGUUUCUGGGUUUUUUCGAGGCAUUUCAUUUUGAAUCAAAUUCACAUGUAUUUCUAAGCCUUAUCCCAAUAUAGCUUUUCUGUAUCACCCAUGAAGGAAGCAUAAAAAAGAACUUUGAAUGCACGUACCUCACUCAUAUCAAAACUUUCAUCUGCAGCAGAAAGCUGACUAUCUGAAAUUAUAUAUUUUUCAGUUCUUAGAAAUAAUUAUUUCUGGAAAAUUUUUCAUGGAUGCUACAACUAGGUAUAACUUAUUACAGAAAAAGAAGGUAGUAUGACCCAAAGCAAAUUCAAAAAUUUUAAGUUUUGUUUUGCAUACUGAAUGAAAGAAAAGACAUAAAAGACAUUUUAAAGGGAGUGAUUUCAUCUUGGGUAUUAUGUUUUUUGCUCUAGGGUCAUUUGAAAACAAUACUGAUGAGAUUCGCUUUUCUAGUAUAGGUAUAACAAUAUUACAUUUAUAAAAAUGUGAAUACUGGUAGCUAUAAGAUUUGGGACAGAUAAAUCAACCUGUUCAUCUUGAGUUUAUACACAGGCAAGAGAACUGAGGCAAAAGGAUUAUCUUAGGUUUCUCCUGCGCCAUUCUAGGAUUUUUAUAAAAUUAAACUAAGUGGGUAAAUGUAGCCCUCUAGUGGUUCUGUUUUAUGCUUACACUGUUAACUUUGGUGCAUCUAAGCAUUUCUCUAAUGUUUACUGAUUUUAGGAAACUGAGGAGAAUCAGAUUUUAAUAAUGUUAAUGGCAUAAAGAAUAUGGGGAAAAAAGGUAAUAGGGAUACCUUAUUAUUCUAACAAAACAUGUUCAGGUUGGUUUUCAGGUUGUAAUGUGAUAAUCCAGAAUAUUUUUAUUCUGUACUUUACAAUAUCAGUGAUUGAAUUCAGAUACUUUGGCAAAGUAUACAAUGAUUACUAUCAUCAGAUAAUAUUAAUUACUCGUACAUAUCAAACUAUAGGGGAAAUUAACAGAUGGAUGGUGAAGUUGAUCAUGUUAUAUCCAUGCUAUGAAAUACAUAGCUACUAAUAAAUUAGACUUUAUUAGAUUCUGGGUUUAUUGACUUGGAUAUUAUAAUAUAGCCUUACGGGAAAACAAGUUGCAAAGUUGCAUUAUAUAUAUACAUUUGUACUUAUUUUUUUCCCUCAUUUUUAUUUAUAAGAAAAAAGUGGAGGAAACCUCAAACACUUGUAUGAAUAUGUGUAUAAGCAGAGAAAAGCCUAAGAAAGGAUAUGCACCAAACAAUACUGGUACCUUUAGGAGAGUGAGAUUUGGAAGUAGGAAGGAGACUACUUCUUCAUCACUGAUAUUUAAAUUGUUAAGAAAAAAAAGCAAAAGGAGCCGAAGUGGAAAGACUUGAAUGGUCAACAGAAAACAGGGACCUCAAUCCGAAUAGUUUUAGAGGACUAAGGCUGGCUCCUAUACUGAUUUCCUGAGUUUGUUUAUUGUUAAAUAGGAUGUGUGUGCUUGAUAAUCUCCUUAGAUAGAAGACUGAUGCCCAAAUCGGUUACAAUGUGUGGUGCUUGGUAUUUCUUUUUGUUUUGCUAAUAAGCUUUUCCCUUAUUCUGGGAAUUAAAGUCCUUUCCUCUUUAGCCCAAUUAAAUUUGUUAAGGGAGGGCCUCUAUGAAAAGGCCCUUCUUUGAGGUCUCUAAGUGGAAAUGAUUGGUCCUAAAAAAUCUUUCCUCAGUAGCUCAUAAAGCAGUUCAUAAUUAUCGAAGGCUUAUUAUGAAGGGUGUCUCGGUAUCUUCCCUCCAAAAUGCUAAGAAAUAAUUUAGGCAACAGUUCAGACUCUAAAAAUGAAGAUGGCUCGGUCUUUUCACAGACUGAACACAAUAUUGUUGCAACUUACUUGAUUAUGGCAGGUAUGAUAAGUAUUAUCAGCAACAUAAUAGUUCUGGGCAUCUUCAUUAAGUACAAGGAACUUCGGACACCCACAAAUGCAAUUAUUAUUAACCUGGCUGUUACUGAUAUAGGGGUCAGUAGCAUUGGCUAUCCCAUGUCUGCUGCCUCAGAUCUGUAUGGAAGUUGGAAAUUUGGAUACGCAGGCUGUCAGGUUUAUGCUGGAUUGAAUAUUUUUUUUGGAAUGGCAAGCAUUGGAUUACUCACGGUUGUGGCUGUGGACCGAUACCUGACCAUCUGCCUUCCUGACGUAGGGAGAAGAAUGACCACUAACACUUACAUCGGCUUGAUUCUGGGAGCCUGGAUCAAUGGCCUGUUUUGGGCUUUGAUGCCUAUCAUAGGGUGGGCUAGUUAUGCCCCAGAUCCUACUGGUGCUACAUGUACCAUAAACUGGAGGAAAAAUGAUAGAUCUUUUGUGUCUUAUACCAUGACAGUUAUUGCGAUAAAUUUUAUUGUGCCCUUGACAGUGAUGUUUUACUGCUAUUACCAUGUCACGCUAUCCAUUAAACAUCACACUACCAGUGACUGCACUGAGUCCCUCAACAGAGACUGGUCAGAUCAAAUAGAUGUAACAAAGAUGUCUGUGAUCAUGAUCUGCAUGUUUCUGGUGGCAUGGUCCCCUUAUUCCAUCGUGUGCUUAUGGGCUUCUUUUGGUGAUCCAAAGAAGAUUCCUCCCCCCAUGGCCAUCAUAGCUCCACUGUUUGCAAAAUCUUCUACAUUCUAUAACCCCUGCAUUUAUGUGGUUGCUAAUAAAAAAUUUCGGAGGGCAAUGCUUGCCAUGUUCAAAUGUCAGACUCACCAAACAAUGCCUGUGACAAGUAUUUUACCCAUGGAUGUAUCUCAAAACCCAUUGACUUCUGGAAGAAUCUGAAAUAAGAGAAAAGGACACACUAUCAAAACACUUUAGUAUUUUGACAAUGCAUUUCUUUUAAAUAUGACCCCAUUUAGAUCAAGUGCAGACGUGGAUCAUUGUCCUAUGAGACUGUAAGCUCCUCAAGCGCAGCUCAUGCUUCUGUUUGUGCAUUCUGGCUGCUGUAGUGCAUGCUUCUCUGUGUCCUGAUAUGUCAACUUAUUGCUCAUCUCCUUUGAUGAAUUAGGCAUCAGAGGUUAAGGUCCCCUUUCUUUCUCCCUAUUAUGGCAUGCGUUACACUGUACUGAUGACCUUUAACUUGCCUGGCUCCUCUAUUAGAAUAGAAGCAGUCACUAAUAUAAUGUUAGAAUAAAUGAAUAAAAACAAUAAUAAUGAAUAAUUCUAGAUAAUUACUGAAAUGACUUGUUGGAUGUUCCCAGUUAGAAUAGAAAGCAUUUUUUGCAUUUCAACAUUUUAACAUUUAAAUCAAUUAACUUACGUUAUUAAACAAAAAUAAUCAAAUGAACAUUAAACAUGAUUGUUUCUAAAUAAAAUGUUAAGUCAAUGCAUAUAUAUUAUAUAGCAUUAUAACCCCUGUGCAUAUUUUGAUGUUUUCUGCAAUUUUGAUUACCAUUUUUCUGCAUAUAUAUUCCAUAUAUUUGCCAACAGAGUUAACUUCAAUCAGAGUGGAGAUUUUUAUAUGUUUGUUCUUUGAUGUAUCCUUAGCACAUAUACCCAAUUCUGUCUGGCAUGUAGUAGGCACUCAAUAAAUAUUUUUUCAAUGUCAAA